AUGGCGUUCGACUACGUCUCAUCUCCUACAAACUCCAGCACCGACGACACCUUGGCAGACCUACGCCUCUACGCCCCCCAUAGCGAGGAUUACAUCGAGUUCUACCGGGUAUUACGGACUCUUCUUGAAGAUAACUCGCUCAAGAUUACCGUCACCAACACUCCAGCUGAGGCCGACCUCGAGGUUGUGCUAGAGAAUGGGCGAUAUCUGUUCCGGGUGACGGACACCCGACUUACGCAGCGCGGGUUUGAUCGCCUCUUCCCCACCAUCAACCCCACCCCUAAAGAGAUAUCCUCUUUCGUACGCGGUGCCUGCCACUACUACCGAGAACUUCGUUCAGGCGAAAACAACUUGAGCACUGCAACGAAAGGCGGUGUUGUGGUCGAGUUCUACCGACUCCAGAAAAGCGGAUCGUACCCUCCGAGGAUGGCCCCUACUGGACCCAACUUGCUCACUGAUGGAUUGGUCGACUUCGUCGUGCAGGAAGAUGUCCCAUACGGCAUGAAGCUGAUCAACAACACUCCAUACGACCUCUAUCCAGGUCUUCUGUACUUCGACAACAGCGACUUGAGCAUAGGGACGUACUAUCAGUCUGUCCUCGACACCUUCUACUGCCCGCUGCAGAAAGACGGCGGGACGCUGACGAUCGGGUACGGUGUAGGCCCAGACCGCUCCUCUCCUUUCUCGUACUUCCUUCGGGAUGGCCAGGAUCUCGAUAUUGGAUUCCUGAAGUUGGUCCUGUCCACCGAACCCAGAGAUAUGGCGCCCGUGAACCAAACGUCGCCGUUCGAGAAGGGAUACAUUACCCCGCCAUUUCGAAAGUCGCCCAAGGAGACGCUCUCGGGAAGUAUAGUUGUUCCAGUGAUCCAGCGCCGGCAUCCAGAGAGCAAGAUUGAAGAGAUUUCGAGGAAGGUGUUCCAGUCGCAAGUCACAAAUCUUCAAAGUGUGAUCUCGACUCUCCGACAAGCAGGUGACCGAGAACGACAACGUUCGGAGCAGGAACGACGCGAACUCCAGAUGGAGGUCCAGUUACAGGAACAUGAGGCCACGCGUCUCGCCUCUGCCCUCGAUAGCGAGAAGGUGGCCAAGGAAAGCCUCGACGGCCAAGUUGUUUACUUGAAGGAACAACAUCGAGCCCUUGAGGACGAAACGCAGACCCAAGCGAGCCGAAUUGCCGAGCUUACAACGUGGCUCGACGGUGAACGGGAGGAGCGCGCGAAGCUAGAGGCGGAUAAGUAUCGUGUCGAAGAAGAGUAUGCUGCCCUCCGGCGCUACGUGGACCGUCUCGAUGGCCAAGUCGCCGACCUGACGAGUUCGCUCGAAGAAGAGAAAGCAGAGGGCGCAAAGGCCGAGGAGCACUGUCGGCAACUCGAGGAAGAGAACAUGUCGCUGCGCGGUGAAACGGAAGUGCAAGCUGAGGAGAUUGCGCUGUUGACGAAGAGCCUCGAAGAAGAGAAGGAGCGUAGCGCCUCUCUCGAUGGUCAACUCGCCCUCUCGGAAAAUCAGCGUCGGGCAAUCGACGAAGAACGCGUGGCUCUGCAGGCAGAGACGGCUAACCAGAAGAUCCAGCUCGCCAGCCUGACGAAAGAGCUCGAGGAGCAGAAGUCCCUACACGCGAGCGUCGAGACCGAGCUGAACGUGCAGACAGCGCACAUCGCCUCUUUGACGAAGGACGUCGCAGGCCACAAGGAGGUAAACACCGACCUCGAGGCUCAGCUUGCCCGCCUCGAAGACCGGAGCCGCGCCGCCGAACUAGAGCGAUCGUCACUCCAGCUCGAGACGCAGGCACAGAAGAGCCGUAUCGCGUUACUGACGAAGGAGCUCGAGGAGCAGAAGGCUCUUCGUGCAGGCGUCGAGACCCAGUUGCAUGCCCAAACCGAGCAAAUCGCCUCUCUGACGAAGGAAGUCGCAGACCACCAGGACCAGCGCCGCGUAGCCGAAGAAGAGCGCUCGUCGCUCCAGCUCGAUACUCAGGCGCAGAAGGUUCGGAUCGCAACACUGACGAAGGAACUCGAAGAGCAGAGGGCGCUCCGUGCAGGUAUUGAGACGCAGUUGAGCAAGGCGCUGUCGCUUGAUGCAACUUCGGGAUCGAUCAGUAGUGUGGACCCCCGACAGAAGGCGAAGGUGCGCAAGGGCACAAUGCUGACAGAUACAACGAGGAGGUUUUUGGGGUUCCGGGCGUAA